CUGGUUUCCCUCGUCGACCAGCAGCCAGACUCGUUUCAACAGUCUGCCAUCCAGUCCCCGUCUUUGUUUUGAGUUGCUUCAGGCAGAGGCAGAAACCUUCACAAGGCAAUGGUGCAAAUGUUUGCUAAUGCUAACGACACUGAGCCCAAAACAAAUGCAAGUCAAAGGUCGCAGUUUUGACGGCAACUGCAGCAGGAAACCACAGGGAGCCACUGGAUUCUGCUUUUAUAACACACAUGUAUGAUGGAACUGAUGGACGCUCUGUCAUCCGGGAGAGACUCAGAGUGGAACCUCAGCUCCUCCCAGACACGAGACUUGUGCUGUGAUCAACUGGGGGGAGGCCCUGGGGCAAACCCAGGACCGUGCGGAGCGUGGGUCUCUGGACCUCUUCACCUCAGCCGCUGCCCUCGCGACCUCGGUCAAGAGGAGGACACGUUUGAUUUGAGUGAGUGAUGUUGACUGUCACGUAUUCAUGAUAAUAACACAACUAUAUGUAUAAUAAUAAUAAUUGUGGGUCAUAAUUAUUUUUUGAUGAUUAUUUACAGCGGCCACAUUUCAUUGACGUCACGAUCCGACAGCCUCACCUCGUCAGUUCACCUGAGUGGACGCGAGGCGGCUGUUGCGCAUGCGCGCGGCGGCGGCGGCGGCUCAGAUGUAGUGUAACAAGGACGGAGCAGGGACCGGAGCCUGGUUCAGUCUGCUGUGUCUGGUCCGAGCCGAGGGUCGUGAGUCCGGCGGGGAGAUGGAGGACCAGGAGAAGAGGAAGAAGGAUGACGAGCGGGUCGCGCUGAAGAAAGAGAUCGGACUUUUGAGCGCCUGCGCCAUUAUUAUAGGCAACAUCAUCGGCUCUGGAAUCUUCGUGUCUCCCAAGGGGGUGCUGGAACACGCCGGCUCCGUGGGCCUGUCCGUCAUCGUGUGGGUCUGCGGGGGCGGCAUCUGCGCCCUGGGCUCCAUGUGCUACGCCGAGCUGGGCGUCACCAUUCCAAAGUCUGGAGGAGACUAUUCCUACGUGACGGAGAUCUUCGGCGGACUGGUGGGCUUCCUGUUGCUGUGGAGCGCCGUGCUCAUCAUGUACCCCACCACGCUGGCCGUCAUCGCCCUGACCUUCGCCAACUACGUGCUGCAGCCCGCCUUCCAGAACUGCCUGCCGCCGUACGUGGCCACCAGGCUGCUGGCCACCAUUUGUGUCUUGUUCCUGACCUGGGUCAACUGCUCCAGCGUUCGCUGGGCCACCAGGAUCCAGGACGUCUUCACCGUGGGGAAGCUGCUGGCCCUGGCUCUCAUCAUCAUCGUGGGCCUGGUGCAGAUCUGUCGAGGGCACUACGAAGCCCUGCGGCCCAGCGUGGCCUUCCAGUUCUCCGAGGAGCCCUCGGUGGGGCAGAUCGCGCUGGCCUUCCUGCAGGCCUCCUUCGCCUACAGCGGCUGGAAUUUCCUCAACUACGUGACGGAGGAGGUGGUGGAGCCGCGCAAGAACCUCCCGCGGGCCAUCUACAUCUCCAUCCCUCUGGUGACGCUGGUCUACACCAUGACCAACAUCGCCUACUUCUCCUCCAUGAGUCCUGAGGAGCUGCUGGCCUCCAACGCCGUGGCGGUGACGUUCGGGGAGAAGCUGCUGGGAAUGUUUUCCUGGGUGAUGCCCAUCUCCGUGGCCCUGUCCACCUUCGGGGGCAUCAACGGGUACCUGUUCACCUCCUCCAGGCUCUGCUUCUCCGGGGCCAGAGAGGGUCACCUGCCGCACCUGCUGGCCAUGAUCCACCUGAAGAACUGCACCCCCAUCCCGGCCCUGCUGGUCUGCUGUCUGGCCACCAUCAUCAUCCUGUGCAUCGGAGAGACCCACAACCUGAUCAACUACGUGUCCUUCAUCAACUACCUGUCGUACGGAGUGACCAUCGCCGGGCUGCUCUACCUGCGCAGGAAGAGACCCAACCUGCUGCGACCCAUCAAGGUCAACCUGCUGAUCCCCAUCAGCUACAUGGCCUUCUGGGCCGUGCUGCUCUGCUUCAGUCUCUACUCGGAGCCCGUGGUCUGCGGCCUGGGGAUGGUCAUCAUGCUGACCGGCGUGCCCGUCUACUUCGUGGGAGUCUGGUGGAAGAACAAACCCAAGUGGAUCCACCGGCUGAUGGAGAAGAUCACGUACGUGGGCCAGAAGACGUGCUACGUGAUGUUCCCUCAGCAGGACCCCUCGGAGGUGGAACCCCUGGCCUCCUCCAAAGCUACAGACUGAGCCGGCAACUUGUUUUUUUCUACACUUUUCUACACCAGCGGGUCCAAGGCCUUUUGUGUGUGGGGGGACUAAAACCAGGGUUUGGAUGUUGUGAUGUCGGACCUUCUGCCGGACGUGUUCCACAGUCUCUAAAACCGUUGCGCUAACGUGCCUUAUCAGAUCUUUGCUUGUGUACUGCGACGACGCGGGAAAGGGGGGGUCGCGACCUCCACACGGACCCCGUGGCGGGAUUGUCGGGACCUCACGGCGGAGGACUUUACUUGAGCCCACGACACGAUGGACCUCCUAUCCCCCCCCGCCUGUAUCUCAGGCUCCUUGCUUCAGUAACCUGUUUACAUCCUGUAGAGGACUAACAAGCUCGGAACAGGCCUUUGAUAAAAGCUAGCAGACACAUUAACCUCCACGCUUCGUCCGUCUCCCUUGAUUCGUCGCGUCUUCAGAAGGAGUCCGGAGAUGAAGUCGGCUCCGUUCAUGUGGCUUUGAUCUAGCUGAUGCUAAAAAGACGCGGGACGGAGCUUCUGACAAUGAGGUGGUGACCUGCAAGGUAGAGCAGUUGGAGCUGCGAUGUAGAAACACAGCAACCGAGAGGCGCCUGCAGGUGGCGCGAGCCUCGUGUUCACACAGCAGGGGAUCCACUUCUGCUCCCAGGGUCCCGGUCAGGAGCGGCGGCGAGACAACUGAGCGAGCAGAGAGUCAUGCGAUGACCGUGGCCUCCAGCCGGCGGAGGCUUGGUGAAGCAGUGUCCCCGCUCUGAAGAUGAGGACGCUGCUUCGUGAAUUACAACCAGCUCCACUGACCUCACGGCCCAGACGGCUCUGGCGUCAAGAAGGCAGCCGUGAGUCGCAUGUCAGCGCCAUGUUCUCCCUGAUGUUGGUGACAGGAUCCACGGGAAUAGUAAACACUGAAUGGAAGUUCGCUGAGAUCAAGAGCUGCGACGGACCUGAACUGGCUUAGUUCUAAUUUGAAGCUCUGACGUGACGUAAAGGCCUCAGGUGCUUCCGAGUUCUCCCUGCUAAUGAGCCUAAGCUUUAGCCCACACCGGGCGCUGACAGGUGGAUGUUGCUGAGGCCCAGGCGCCGCCUCAGGGUGGCGCUCAUGUGAGGGUGCUGCAGCUGGGCUCCUCGCUGCUCCUGUCUCUGCUUGUCCCAGCCAGGGCUGGUGGGAUGACCUCAUAACCUGCUGCACAUGCACGUGCCAGUUAUGUCAGUCCGUGACGCGGAAAGUGACGAGGAGUCAAAGUUGCAAUUGUUUCAUUACUAAAUGACUACGCCGACGUUUUAGCUGUAUUUUAGCCCUGUGGCAGGACGUCCACCCCCUCGUCCAUCAUUCAGUUGUUUUUCUUUAAAUGGUACUUUAAUCCAUAAGAGAAAAGUCUUCAUCAAACACUGUCCUCAUCUUCAGAGCUCAAUAGGUGGCGCUCUUGGCUUCAAAAUGAUGUGAGAGCUCAGUGAAGACAAAGGAUGAAGGUGAAGAGUGAGGAUGAAGAGUGAAGGUGAAGGUGAAGAGUGAGGAUGAAGAGUGAAGGUGAAGAUGGAGAGUGAGGAUGAAGGUGAAGAGUGAAGGUGAAGAUGGAGAGUGAGGAUGGAGAGUGAGGAUGAAGAGUGAAGGUGAAGAUGGAGAGUGAGGAUGAAGAGUGAAAGUGAAGAUGGAGAGUGAGGAUGAAGAGUGAAGGUGAAGAGUGAAGGUGAAGAUGGAGAGUGAGGAUGGAGAGUGAGGAUGAAGAGUGAAGGUGAAGAUGGAGAGUGAGAAUGAAGAGUGAAGGUGAAGAUGGAGAGUGAGGAUGAAGGUGAAGAGUGAGGAUGAAGAGUGAAGGUGAAGUCGGCGAGUGAGGAUGAAGGUGAAGAGUGAGGAUGAAGAGUGAAGGUGAAGAUGGAGAGUGAGGAUGAAGGUGAAGAGUGAAGGUGAAGAUGGAGAGUGAGGAUGAAGAGUGAAAGUGAAGAUGGAGAGUGAGGAUGAAGAGUGAAGGUGAAGAGUGAAGGUGAAGAUGGAGAGUGAGGAUGAAGAGUGAAGGUGAAGAGUGAGGAUGAAGAGUGAAGGUGAAGAUGGAGAGUGAGGAUGAAGGUGAAGAGUGAGGAUGAAGAGUGAAGGUGAAGAGUGAAGGUGAAGAUGGAGAGUGAGGAUGAAGGUGAAGAGUGAAGGUGAAGAUGGAGAGUGAGGAUGAAGACUGAAAGUGAAGAUGGAGAGUGAGGAUGAAGACUGAAAGUGAAGAUGGAGAGUGAGGAUGAAGGUGAAGAGUGAAGGUGAAGAUGGAGAGUGAGGAUGAAGAGUGAAAGUGAAGAUGGAGAGUGAGGAUGAAGACUGAAAGUGAAGAUGGAGAGUGAGGAUGAAGGUGAAGAGUGAGGAUGAAGAGUGAAGGUGAAGUCGGCGAGUGAGGACUCGGUGACACAGAGCUCACGGUCAGAUUUAUUGACAGCAAAUGAGAAAAUAAACUUGAUGUCAGUUGAGGUGUGUUGACAGAGCAGCGGCAGCAGCGCUGGCGUCACACACAGCACGUCAUCAACCGUCCACUCCACACCAAGACUUGGCGGCUCGCCCGGCGUCUCUGGCUUAGAUAUGAGACAUUCAGUGGCUCUACUCAGAGUCCCAGAGAGACGACAGUGCUGCGCAGCACGAUGCACUGGUGAGAGCUGAGGGGACCUCGCUCCGCCACAGGACCUCACGGUGGAGGAGUAGCAGAUCGACUCGGCCUGAAGCUGACACGAGCGGGACACGUCUGGGUGACUCGGGAGUGGGUCACGUUCUAAGUGACUCCGGGACACAACCGCUGAAGCAACGGCAGGCGGAAGCUGAAUCUGGGGCUCAAAUCUCCUGAAAAAGACGAGACCCUGCUCCGAGGCCGCGUCAGACGAGCCUGGAUUAUAAUCCCUCCGGUGGUAAUCUCAUCACAGGCCGACCACGACAUGGACCUCAGUCAUUCACGACUGCCGAGCAGACACAGUCAUCGAUCAGCCUCUGGUUUAUUGAGGGAGGAAACCAGAGUGCCGAGCCCCCACAGGCAGAGAGGAAGGUCCACACCUGGUGAGGCCCCUGACGGAGCGCGAUCAUGUGACCAGGCCUGUUUGGGCUCCAGACGCGGCGUGAUGCGUCGCUGCCCUCACUCCCGUCUCCAGAGAAGAGCCUGACGCAGACGUUUGGCCCUGAAGCAGCCGCGCGAUGAGCCAGCAGGCACAGCUCGUCUGGAGACCCUGGUGGGACCGAGUCUCCGGCGGGAAGCUCGGUGCAGCCGCCACAAGCCCCGGCCCCUGACUGACCCGCUCUAGCACCCUACAUCACCAGGAGGGACCUGAUGGGGUCGCACUUGGUUUCACUCGUCUCAAGAGGCGCGGCGCCAUCAGGUGGUCAUCACGUUUGGAUGCGCAAAGCAACACAGCGGUUUAAGGCAUUUCGCAGAAGGAGAAGACACGUUGCUGAAGAAAAGACGGAGCGACGUCUCCAGUGGCUCGUGAGACGGGCAGCAGCGAUGAGCGACUUGAGCGUGACGCCAGUUGGAUGGGCGUGGCCCAUGACUGGGCGGAGCCUGACACCAGCCUCGCCCCGUGCAGUGAAGGAGAAUAGGAAACAUCCCAGAGAAGGAAGCCAGAAUCGGCAGCUCCACUCCACUCUCGGACCUGGUUCUGGCCCCGGUCUCCUCUGCUCCAGACAGCCAGGGAAGCAGAAGGCCGCUCGGCGGGUCACAGCUCUCGGCGGCACGUUAUGGCUCCGGCGUUGGCACUGAAGGUGACGCUCCGAGCCUCUUCUGGGACGGACGGCUCGGGCUGCGAAGGACACUUAGCAGAGAAGGCCCAGCUGAUCUUCAGCAGGUGGACGCCCCCCUCCCUGAGCCGCAGCCGUCCUCACGGCAGCGCCGCCUCUUGACCUCCCGCUCUCCCUUCCCUCCAGAGGGGAAACCGGCCGCACCUGGGGACCCGCUGUCGGAGGGCGGAGUCCUGGGCUGAGUGAGUGGCUCUGUGGGGGCCGCAGGGGUCGGGGCCGGCGACACGGGUCCGAGCGGAGAGUACCGUCGGAGGGAAACACCCUUCAGGUUCAAGGCCAGCUCCAGGACCAGUUUUCUGGAGGUGCGAGGUUGGCACGCAGCGACCGGCGUCUCCGCGGAGGUGGGUGGAGUCGGGCUGUCGCGGGACGCGUCCGCCUGAGGACUGUGAGGCUGGGACUCAGGAGUCCUGCCGACUGGGGACUCGCCGCUGUCCAGUGACUGGUACGACAGAGGAGACGCCGGACUCUCUGACGCCUCCAUGGAGGCGGAGCAGGCUCCUCCCAUGUUGCAUCCAUCAGUGGGGGUCGCCGGGUCCCCCACCGCUCUGUAGCAGUGGAGGCCCAGGUCGAUCUGCGUGUGACCCGGCGGGUCCAGGAGCGCGGCCCGUCCGUCUCCGCGGAAGAGGCGGUUCCACAGGCGGCCCAGUCGGCGACGAGAGG